AUGUUUUAUCUUUAUCGCUUUUCAGAAUUAACAGACGAAGAACUUGAUUUCGUAGCGAAAAAUGCAAUGCGCUAUAUAUUAGAACUUCAAAAAGGUUGUUAUGCCAAAUUGCUUGUUUACGAAUUAAAUAAUAUCGGACUCAUGCUUGGUGGAAUAAUCCUAGAUUAUGCUAAAAGGCACAACGCGAACGAAGAUAUUAUUGACAAUAUUCGUUUACUUGCAAGGAAUUUUAUACUCACAUUCAAUUUCGAGUGCUGGAAUCCAUAUGAUCCCGCAAGAAAAUCGAACCUCUUUUUCAAUACAGGCAAAAUAAUGUAUUACACAAGAAAUGCCAGCGCUGAUCUUCCAGUCCGCUAUAACAUCGUCAGAAGGUUUGAAGACGAAAUUGAAGAAAAAUUCAACAAACAACCUUAUUUCCCACUUAGAAUUCUACUUUGUUCGCCUAAAAUACCAAAUCAUACGAAAGAAACACCAUUAUCUGAACUCUAA